GAACAAAAAAUGCCGAGUUCUGAUAUGGCAGCGUUCCGUGAGAAGUUUGACAAGGCGAAACAUAUAGUAGUGCUGACUGGAGCUGGUGUGAGUGCAGAAAGUGGAGUACCAACAUUCAGAGGUGCCGGAGGAUUUUGGAGGACAUGGCAGGCUCAGCAACUUGCAACUCCAGAGGCAUUUGAAUCCAAUCCAUCGUUGGUGUGGGAAUUCUAUCAUUACAGACGUGAGGUGAUGGGCUCUAAACAACCAAAUAAGGCCCAUAUUGCUAUAGCUGAAUGUGAGAAGAGGUUAAAAGGUCAAGGACGUAGGGUGGUGAUUGUGACACAAAAUAUUGAUGAACUUCAUAAGCGAGCUGGCUCGGAAAAUAUCAUAGAAUUGCAUGGUAAUUUAUUCACAACUAGAUGUACAAAGUGUGGAGAUAUAGCCAAGAAUUAUGACAGUCCAAUUUGCGAGGCAUUACGAGAUAAAGGAGCACCAGAUGAAUUUGCUGAAGAUGCCAGAAUAAAAGAAGAAGAUCUUCCAAGAUGUAAGAAAGAUUCCUGUGGUGGAUUACUAAGACCCCAUGUUGUAUGGUUUGGGGAGGGAUUAUACCCGGAGGUACUGACGGCUGCAGACAAUGAACUUACAGCUUGUGAUCUCUGCCUAGUGGUAGGAACAUCAUCUGUUGUGUAUCCUGCAGCCAUGUACGCCCCCAUGGUUGCCUCUAGAGGUGUGCCAGUGGCGGAAUUUAACAUUGAAGAAACUCCUGCUACAACAGGAUUUGGAUUUCACUUUCAAGGACCCUGUGGAAGCACCGUACCUGUGGCACUAGCGCCAACGGAGUCAGAAUCCUCAUCUAAUUUAUAAUUCCAUGCAGGAUUGAAAAACAAAUAGAAGUUCUUAAAAGUGCUAAAAAUACUGUGAAAUUUAUUUAGAUUUUUUAUAUUAUUUUGAUAUUUUUUGUGCAAAAUGUAUAUAUACAUGUGAUUUCAUAUUGAUUGAUUGAUCACAUUUCAUGUACCAAGGGUUGACGCAAAACUGUUGUAAGUCCUUCUUUAUCUCAUAUAAGUUAUUGCAGUUUUGCGGUCUGAACCCUCAAUAUAUUGUAGAAGUGUACAGAUUUGUUUUGUAUCUAUAUGUGCCAGUGGUAUUUUGUACAAGUGUCCAACACUGUGCACAGAAAGCAACGAGGCCCAGGUCAUCAUAGUAAUGCUUGGCCAACAUGGCACUUGUGUUAAGUUCCAAUGCUUGUUUCAUCAUUCUUUUCUUCCUUUUCUUUUCCUUAUACCUCCUUCAAUUCAAACACUUCAGACAUUCUGGUGUAACUGUGAAAGUGCUUAAGUGUUGUUGUGGUGCUGUUGGUUUAUACUUUGGAUCUGUAUUGUGUUGCUUACUUGUACACACCUACCUCUUAGGUCAUUUCUGAUCAUCUCAGCUAUCAAAUCUUUUAUCGUUGUGCAUUUAUCUAAUUGGAUGUUAUGGUAGGGUGCAUCAUCAAUGACAAAGACACAUCUUUGAUGUAGAGAUGCAAUAUGCACUUUUAAGCAAAUAUCAAUAAUUUUGACCUGUAUUAUUGAGUUGUUUUGGUGUUUAUUCUCACUUCUUGUUGUUCUGAUUAAUAUAUUUCCAAAUAGUAAUAAAUUAUAAUGAUUCUUGUUACGAAAAUUCUGACUUAGGAAAUUUAUAUGAAUUGCCAUAAGGCCAAAAUGAAAAUAGAAAUACAUUAGUGAUAGGAGUCUUUUUACAUUAUUUUGUUACUGUUAAUAAUCCCUGCCGAUGUCUUUACCAUAUGACUUUUUGUGAUCUGUGUUGGUUAGAAAAUUUCAUGUAAGUGGUAAAGGUUGUUGAUUUCAAACCACUUGGCACUCACUGUUGUAGGUUGGAACAGCACAAGUAUGGUCAGAUUCUACUUGUGAGAAAGCUAUCCAGCUAGCUUACCGAAUGUUGGUGGUUCUACUCAGGUAGCUGGUUUGUGCCUGAAAUAAUGUACAAAGGGCACCUGAGGUCUUCCUUCACAAGUAAAGCUGGAAAGUCACCAUAUCACCUAUACUGUGUUGGUGC